UCCCUUAUAUAGCUACUCUCUCUUUGUUUUGCAUCCGUUAGUACAUCGGAGGACCCAUUUUGGUGGUGAUCACUUCCUUGAAGCUGUAAAAAGAAUGGUGACUGUGAAUCUUAAAUCCUUGCUAAUAUCCUCAGCAUUUCUUAGGGUGUUUUUGAUAAUUUAUGGAGAAUGGCAAGACAGCCAUAUGGAGGUUAGAUACACAGAUGUGGACUAUCUUGUUUUCUCAGAUGCAGCUGCUUUAGUUGCUAAUGGAAAAUCCCCUUAUCAGAGAUCUACAUAUCGUUAUUCACCCUUAAUUGCCUUUCUUCUCCUACCCAAUUCUUUCAUUCAUCCUUCUUUUGGAAAGUUCAUCUUCUCCGCUUCAGAUCUUCUCGUGGGAUUUCUUAUCGACGCCAUUUUAAAGCUAAGAGGGGUGCCUGAGAAAUUGUGCACUUAUUCGGUCAUGGUAUGGCUUUUGAAUCCAUUUACCUUCACCAUUGGAACUCGUGGGAAUUGUGAGCCCAUCAUCUGCGCCAUAAUCCUUUGGAUUAUUAUAUGUCUAAUGAAGGGUCGUUUAGUACAAGCUGCAUUUUGGUAUGGGCUUGUUGUCCACAUGAGGAUCUAUCCAAUAAUUUAUGCUCUUCCGAUCAUUUUAGUUCUUGAUCCUCUGUUCUUCCAGUAUGGUACAAAACCUGCUCUUGUAAAUUGGAGUUCUAGAAAAAGCAAGUCACAGCAGACUUCCAGCUGUAAAAAGCUUAUGGAUCCUUGUUGCAUGUGCAACUUUUUAACAAGCCUUUUUACCUGGAGGAGGAUAAUGUUUGGGCUUAUUUCUGGAGCUAUGUUCUUUCUCCUUACUGGUGUUUUCUUCUUCUUAUAUGGAUGGGACUUCUUGCAUGAAGCACUGCUGUACCAUCUCACACGUACUGACCCAAGGCACAAUUUUUCAAUUUAUUUCUACCAUAUAUAUCUGCACUAUGAACGUGAGUUAUCAAACUUGGAAAAGCUCGUCUCGUUUCUGCCUCAGAUUAUGGUGCAGCUAGUUCUUGUUUUCCGCUUUGCGCAGGAUUUUCCAUUUUGUUUCUUUGUACAGACUGUGGCAUUUGUUGCAUUUAACAAGGUUAUGACUGCUCAAUACUUUGUUUGGUUCUUUUGUCUCUUGCCGCUAAUCCUGCCAUGGACCAACAUGAAGCUCAGAGGCAAAGGAUUGGUCUGCAUCUUGUUGUGGAUGGCAGCUCAGGGUCACUGGUUAUUGUGGGGUUAUUUGCUUGAAUUUAAAGGAAAAAAUGUUUUUCUUCAACUCUGGGUGGCAGGUUUGCUAUUCUUGGCUGCAAAUACUUUCGUUCUCAUCAAUAUUAUCCAGCAGCACACAUGCAGUUCAGUCUUCCAACAGUCAUCUCGUGCCGCUUCAAAGAAACAUGUCAAACAGGGAUGAGGAAUCAGAUCAUAGACCUCCUAAUUCAAUGGCGGAAAAGUUCAGAGCAAGUGGAGUAUUUAUGUUGGGGACUUGUAGAGUGUUUCCUCAUCAAGCAAAGCACUUGACUUUUUCAUAGCUCCCAACAGAGUGCUGCUUAAACUGCCUGCACUGAAGAGGUAGCAAGAUAUUGAAAUGACUUUAUUGUUGACCUCGUGGUCAUUUUUCUUUAGUGCAUACUUUGCUAUGAAAGAAAUUUACAAUUGUCUAUUGCAAUUUUUUUUGCAUUCAGGGUAGUGGAAAGUUCUAUUAUUUAUAGUUUGGUUCUCAUUUUAGUUGGAUUUUCAUUUCCCACUCUUGUUAGAGUUAGUUAGCCAGCUAGAGGAGUGAUGUCGCAUCCUUUUCAUGUAUUGCUUGCUUAUAUAUCUCUGUAAAACCAAUAUGAUUGGUAUGAAUAAUGAAAUCCCUUUUUCUGCUCC